UUGUAAAUUGACCAAAUUCUAAACCUUCCACACGCCUCAUAAGUAUUGGUCAAAUCAAACAUUUUGGUCACUUACUCCUACUCCUCCCAUUUAUAUUAUACACACUCCUACCCAACAAAACAAUUCCCAUUACCAAGUCUUCCAACCGGUCAAGGAUUCCAAACCCCAAAAACAAAACUCGAUCAAACCUCUUCUUCUUCCCUUUAAAUCAAACCAAAAUCCACAUCUUCGAAAAACCACAUACACACAGUUUUCAAAUCCUUCUUCGGUAGGGAAAAUGCAAGAUACCCUUCAGCAACAAACCGCAGAAAGUUCAGAACUUUCGCCAAAGAUGUCUUUUUCUGGGCACAAGGUGGGUGAUUUAAGUGAUGGGCAGCAUAAAGGUGGGUACUUGGCGGUGGUUCCACGGUCCAGACCGGCCUGCACCUGUGCGAACCGGCCUGGUUCGGUUCGGUGCGCGCGUCACGGGUACGUCGUGCCAGGGGAGAAGAAGAAGCGUGUGGCGAGCAAAGAGAUCCUGAGGAGAGCACUGACACCACCAAAACGUUUAGGACUUAGAUGGUUGAAUUUCAGACCAACCCCUAGUAGACUCUCUAACAUGUCCAUGGCUUGAUUUUUCUUUUUUUCUUUUUUUUUUCCUUUUUUCUUUGGAUGUUUGUAUAAUCGAGUUUGACAAUCCAAUGAAAUUAGAUUAUUCUAUAUUCUUUAUGAA